AUUUUUAAUGAUACACUGUGUUCUAAAUGUAAGUAAAUAAGCAGUUUGUAUUCACUCGUUGCUUUAAGUAGGCACUGUAAAAUCGCCUAGUUGCGAUUUUCUCGCCGAAUAUAAGAUGUUUCCUCGAACAUUUUAUGGAACGAUUUCGAGCCGGUCUAACCUAUUCCGGUUAUCCCGGUGCAUGCUGAGUCGCUCGCUGAGUGACAAACCACAUUCCGAGAAUGGGGAUCAUGAAACGACUAACACCAAGUCGUCAGAAAUUUCCCAGCUUCUUGAGGACGCUACGAUUCACGACCCUGGCGAAAAUUCAGGUUGGGCAACAAGUGCUUAUCCGGAAAACUGCGUCCCGAACGUGCAAGGCCAGUAUGCUGAUCGACCAAACAUAAACCCAUCCGAUACGUCGAUAAUCCUCUUUCCUGGACAGGGAAAUAUCAAAGUCGGAGAUGUCAAGCGAUAUCUGCAUUAUCCAGAGGCGAAAUACCUGUUCGAAAUAGCCAACGAAGCGUUGGGUUACGAUCUGUUGAAAAUUUGCCUCGAAGGUCCACAGGAGACGUUGAAUCGAACUGAAUACAACCAGCCUGCUACAGUGGUCAAAAGUUUAGCCGCUCUAGAAAAACUGAGAGAAAACAGGCCCAGGGCUUUGGACACGUGCAUCGCUUGCGCUGGAUACAGCGUUGGUGAAAUUACUGCCUUGAUAUUCUCAGGUGCAAUGACUUUCGAAGAUGGCAUUAGACUCGUCGGCGUCAGAGCUGCAGCAAUGCAGGAUGCCGCUAAUUUGGUCCCCCAAGGUAUGCUUUCCGUCCACAACACACCCGAGGCCAGGAUGUCCGAUAUAUGCGAAAAAGCAAAGAACUGGGCAAUGGAUGCCGGGGAUCCUAUGCCAGAGUGCAGAGUUGCAAUAUUUCUACAUCCUGAUAUGAAAAUAUUAGCUGGUAGUGAACGGGCGUUGAAAUACAUUGAAACUAAUGGGAAGAGCAUGGGUCUUCGGCACAUAAAGAGACUUCCUUUAUCUGGGGCGUUCCAUACUUCGUUGAUGAUCCCGUCAUUGGAUAUAUUUAAGAAAGCUCUUCGGACAAUUAUGUUUGAACAACCAAAAGUAUCAGUGCAUUCGAAUGUUGAUGGAAAGAGAUACAAGAAUGUGAAUCAAAUUAUGAGGUACUUACCUAAGCAAAUAAUAUCGCCAGUCAAGUGGGAACAGACAAUGCAUGUUUUGUAUAUGAGAAGACCAGGAAUUGAGUUUCCGAGAACAUUUGAUGUGGGCUCAGGUGGGAGGCUCAAGGCACUUCUAGGAUUCGUCAAUGCCAAAGCAUUUAAGUCUUGCUAUACUAUUUAACUUAGAACUGAACACAAUUGGAAAUUGAUGCGGUAUUUGAACAAAAAUUAAAAUCACAGUAUGUUCUUGAGUUUACCUGUACAAUUGAAAGUUAAUUACACAAAUGUAGACAUUGUAACAUGUCCUUAAGUUUAUAAGAAAUACGAAGUUUGUUUAAAAAGAUUGUAAAUAUGUUUUGUAAAAAUAUACAGUAAUUGCGAUAUAAUGA